GGCUAUGAGACGAGUCGCCGGUUCCGUGGCAGUUCCGACCGAACUGAUUUUUCAGACCGCCGGAGGACCGCGGCUCCACCGCAGCUUUCAUCGCGUCAGGAUGGGAAACCUGCUGCUCUCCACGGGCCUCUUCAGGCCUGCAGCCAUGUCUGAACAAGUCACUGGGGAGAAGUUCAUUGCCAGGAGGAUCAGCAGUGGCAUAACUUAUUAUUACGCUCCGUUCUCACUCACACCUGCUGCUCCCUGCCCCGUCUCAGCCCCAUUACCCUCCCCUCCCUCUGUCAGCGACUCUGAUUCACCCUCACACACAUCUGCCUCCUCCCAAAACCAAUCAGAGUCCCCUUCGCGUCCUCUUAUGCUGUUCUUUUCUUGGCUCGGUGCCCAGCCAGGGGCAGUCGCCAAGUACAGGGACCUGUACUUGGACCGUGGCAUGGACGUCCUCGUAGUCAGAAGCAAUGUCAUGCACUUCCUGUGGCCUCGAUGGGGGCUCGACUACGGACUGGAGGUUUUGAAGGUUCUGGAGGAGCCUCAGUUCUCAGGGAGGGCGGUGCUGGUCCAUGCCUCCUCCAUCGGUGGCUACACUUUCUCCCAGAUCCUCAUCCACAUCGCUCAGGGACAGAAGAAACACGCAGGCCUGACACAAAGGGUGAUUGGGCACAUCUAUGACAGCUUAGUGGUUGGCACUCUGGAGCACAUGGCGAUAGGCCUUGGCAAGACUCUGGUGCCACGUUUUGAGGGCUUUGUCAGAAACACCGCCAUGCUGUACUUCUGGCUCUUCAGAAGCCACACAGUGGACUUCUAUGACAACAGCAUCCGGGUUUUCCACGACAGCCCCAUUACUGCCCCAGCCCUCUUCUUCUCCAGCGAAAACGAUGCCCUGUGCGACCAAGAUGUCAUGGAAAGGUGUAUUGAUCACUGGAGGAAGAGGGGCGUGACUGUGGAGGACAGGAAGUGGAAGAAAUCGAUACAUGCGGCCCACAUGCGAUGCCACCCAAAAGACUACCUCUCUACCCUGGAGAAAUUCUUGAACUCGCUGCCCAUUUCCUCCCCGAAAGCAAAAAUGCAAAGUGUUGGGGGAGUGAAAGUCUAGUUUGACUGGUCAGUGCUUUAUUACUUCAAAGAGAAAGUACUUUGGUUAUUUUAUCAUACAGCUUUUGAUAUCAUGACCAGUGUAAGUUAAAAAAGCAUGACAUUGUUCUCUUCUUUUAAGCACUUUUCGUUGUUUGUUUUUGUUGACAAAGUUACAUCUUGAGAGAUAUGGAAUAUUUAAUUUAUUACUGUGGAGGUUAUGUUAUGUAAUGCUUGAUUUGCACAGGAAGUGUUAAUGAAUUCCUUUGGGACUUGAUACCAGAGAUGUGGUUCUGCACAUUAUGUCAAGUAAAAAUG